AUUUUUAUUUUCUUUUUUUUUUCUCCUCUAUUUUAUUUUUAUUUAUUUUUUGUUGACAACUUCACCAACCAUCUCUCUCUUCUCUCUCUUCUGCGCGCGACGCAGACCCAGCUUUCUCUCUCCUCGACUCAGAUACAAAAAGAAUAGUUUUUUUUUUCGUGUUUUUUUUUUGCCGGUGAAAAAAAACAAAAAACUACCAUUGUUGAAAAAACCUAACCUCCUUAUCCUCAAUCUCACACAUCCUCAGCAGAGGUGCCGCAGGAGAAUGCUGCUUUCUAGGGUUUUCUUUCUGAGCUAUGCUUUUCACGUGCUGAGAUUUUGGAACUCAGCGAGGACUUGGUGGUAAUAGUGGACUUGUGGAUGAAUUUUUGAAUGGUUUGAUGUUAAUUGAGAUGGGUUCUUGUGGGGAUUCAGCUAUGGUUGAUGAUGGAAUAUCAGGUGGGUCUGUUAUUGAGCAGCAUUUGUGCUCAGAGAUUCCCGUGCAUUCGGAUCAUUUGCAGAAACAGUUGUGUUCAGAAGGAGCUUGUAGUGUGUUGUACUCUGAUGAGCUUAGCAGCUUGAAGGAUGGCAGUGUGGAUUUACCCCAGGAGGGUUCUGCAAGCGGUGGUGCUGUUGUUGUGGAUGUUGAGCUUCACAGGGCGAAGGAUGGAAGUGUGGAUUUACCCCAGGAGGGCCCUGAGGGUUCUCUAAGCGGCGGUGCUGUUGUUACGGAUGUUGAGCUUCACAGGGCGAAGGGUAGUGUGGAUUUACCCCAGGAGGGCCCUGAGUGUUCUACAAGCGGCAGUGAUGUUCCGGACAGGUGUGGAGAUGUCUUGCCAAAUGAAUGUGGAAACGCUGAUAUGUUGCAAUUGGAGAACACCUCUGAGCAUGAUUGUCAGAAUCAUUCAAGGAUAUGUUGUGGGAACAAUGAGGGUUCAGGUCUAAAAACUAGGGGGAUGUGUUCGGAAAGAAAUUUUCAAGAUGAAGGCAACUCAGACAUUCCGUCGGAGUCCGUAACUGUGACUGGGUUGCAGGAGCAUUGUGUUCAACACGUCGUGCAGAAGGAUGAGAAGCUCAAUGUAUUCCCCUCAGUGAAUGAUGAUUCAGCUGUCAUGGGAGGCAAAAAUGAUGACUCCAGUGUACUUGUGGAUGCUUUGGAUUGUGUGCAUGAUUUCAGACAUUCUGAAAUGUCCUUGGAAUCAGAACCCACGACUGACUUGCUAGUUGGUUGUGACCACAAAAAUGAGCAGGGGGACAUUGUGAGAAAUGCAGAUCCAUUGUCAAUGGGUGUGGAAAAAUGUGAUGCUUUUGAUGGGAUGGAAUCCGAUGCUUGCAGGCAGGCAUCUCCUUUGCAGAUGCAGGCUUUGGAAGUUCCAACAGCUGUAUGUACAGAGGAAGAUAGCAGACGUGGUCAGCUAUGUGAUGUUAAAUAUGGUGAUGAUUGGAAUAGUAGUAUUGAUGAAAAGAUUAAAGCUUUUGUAGAUAAGGAAAACAUUGUUGAUUCACAUGUCCAAGUAUUGUCCUCACCAGGCUGUCAUAGGACCUUGGAGAGUUCACCUGUAGUUGAUUCCCCUCCGGAGACUUCAGUGUUGGUCCAGGGUAAUGUAAUGAAGAAUGAUAUCUUGCAAAUAGAUGAGAAGUUGUGUAAAUUGAAGGACUCUCACUCAGAAGAAACUACCAGCUGUGCUCCUAGGAAACCUUUAUAUGCUGAUUUAGAUCGGCCCUCCAUUGUUUUAGUCACCGAUACCUCUUUGAAGGACACACAUGAUCUGCUUCCUAAGGGUGGUGUUGUUUCUGUCAAUAACAGUAGUGCUAUGGACACUGUUGGACAGACAGAUAAUGAUGGAAAAGAUACUGUGGAAGCUGAUUUUUUCGCUCAAAGCAUCCUAUUGCCGUCUCAGAGGAAUAGUAGAAGAAAUAAAGUUGGUCGUAAGACACAAACAAAAAAAGCCUCAAGAAAAUGCAACAAAGCUGAUUUGACACAUCCAGGUGGAGAUAUGAAGAUAAACUUAGAGGUUGCUAGAAAGAAAAGAAGUUCUUUCUCCAAGCCCGCACGAUCUUCUAUCUGGGGAUUAUAA